UCCGAUGAAGACGCAAUUAUUUAUAUUCAUCGUGAUUCUGCGUAAACUGCAUGUGAUAUUAGAUUAUAAACAAAAUAUUAUUUUCUCAUAAAAAAGUAAUGGCACUUGCUCGUGAAUUUGGAAAAUCACUUCGACUGGUUCUUCAGAAGAGAAAUCCAGUUGCUUUUGCAUCUUCAAGUUAUCACAAAAAUGUGAUUGAUCAUUAUGAGAAUCCACGUAAUGUUGGGGCUUUAGAUAAGGAAGAUAUGAAUGUUGGAACUGGACUUGUGGGGGCACCAGCAUGCGGUGAUGUUAUGAAGCUUCAGAUCAAAGUUGAUGACGACGGCAAGAUUAUUGAUGCUAAAUUCAAGACUUUCGGUUGUGGCUCUGCAAUAGCAUCAAGCUCACUGGCCACUGAAUGGGUGAAAGGGAAGACGUUGGAUGAAGCUACAACAAUCAAGAACAAGGAUAUUGCAAAAGAACUUUGUCUUCCGCCUGUUAAGCUUCACUGCUCUAUGUUGGCAGAGGAUGCUAUCAAGGCUGCCCUCAAUGACUACAAAAUCAAGCAGACGUCAAAGCAGACAGCCAGUAAGGAAGCAAACGCAUCUGUGUGAACUCCCAUCACACAUUGUUACAAUAAUUAAGUCUAAAAGCACACGGAAGAGCUUUCCUCUAGCAUCAACUCUGUUUAAGAGGCUACAUUGUGUAAAUAGGUGGUAUUAUAAGUAGUUUUGAAGUAGGGUUGUCUUGCAUGAGGAAUUAAACUUCUUCUGUUAAUACUGUAUAUAUUUAUUGUUAAUUAUAUUUUUGUUUUAUUAAUUUAUAAAUUAAAAGAAUGAUUGUUAAAUGAUUAUCAUUACACAUAACUGAAUAUCCUAGUGAACAUCUGUGUGUAUUUAAGAAUAAUAAUCUAUAUUUUAAGCUAAAAAAAAUAUGCACUGCAAACUAGGUGAACAAAUAAGCAAAAUGAUAUAGUUUCAAAAUGAUAAUUAUUUUUGUUUUUUUGUUUUAAUGUUUGGUAUUGGAGAAUGUCAUGAAAGACCUGUGUUCGGCAGAACACUAAUGGUGAUUCACUGCCAAUUUCCAGUGCUGUCUGGGAUAUUAUUCUAAUAAACAUGAUCAUCAUACAGUAUAUAAAUUCCAUCAUUUUUUAAAUAAUUAUUUCGUGAUAAAACAUGAUUGCAAUUGUCGUGCCUGUGAUAUUAUAUGUAUAAGACAUUGUGUAUUGCUAGAGUUGUGUAGGUAAUUAUCAAAUGGAUAGAAGCACUUGCUGUACAUAGGUUGUGAAGGAGAUAACCAUAGAUUUUCAGGUGGGACGCAAUUGCACUCCUUGCUUUUUUGGGGUCCAAAACAGGGUCUUUGUUUUUUCUUAUUUUGGUGCUGAAAGAAUAGGACAGUUUAGUUUUUAUGCACCAAAGAAAGUAAAGAUUUUUUGACUGUUAAUAAAAUCCUGUUUCAAUUGGAAAA